CGAAGAAGAAGCGUCCUCGUCCUCUGCGGCAACAGCAGAAGAAGAAGAAAGACUCAGCUCUCCAUUUUUCUGUUCGCUCAUCGACGCUCGGGGAAAUUACACCCAAAUAAGAUCCGAGCUUUAGAGCCAGUCUCGGACACUCGCAAACAUGUGGGAAGGACCUCGCGGAGGACCACCCUUUCGUGGUGAUCACCGUGGAGAGAUGUUUGGUUGGAGAAAUCGUCCAAUGCCAGAUUACAGAGGUAGAGAUGGGAUGAACAUGGGUCCCAUGGGUCAUGGACCAAGACCUGAUGGGCCACCUAUGGACAUGAGAAGAAUGGAUGUUCCUCCCAUGCGGGGGCAUGAUAUGGAUCUACAGGAUAUGCGCAGAAGAGAGCCAAACAGAAAUUUCUUCAGACCAGGAGAGGAGGACUUUGGUCUUAGAAGGCACAAUGACAAAAUGAUGAAUUCCCCUGGUUUCCAGGGGCCAGGCAGGAAUUCAGGAGAUAAUGGGGGCAGGGGCAUGCCCCCACGGGAACCAAACCGAUUUAUGGACAUGAGAGACAGAGAGUCAUUUCAUCAAGACAUGCAAAGAUUUGAUAAUCCCAACGAUGGAAGAAGAGGGUUUAUCAUGGAGCGAGAUGAUGGAUUUAGGGACAUGUGUGACAGGCCCCCGAUGGGCUUUGGUGGUGAUGACCACCCUGAUAUGGACUCGCAUCCACGGGAAAGGAGAAUGAUGGACACUGACAGAAGAGGAGGGCCACCCUUUAAUCCUAGAGGUCGAUUUGAUUCAGAUAUGGAUUUCAGAAAUCGACCUGGACAGUCCGCAGACUUCAGAGGUAGAGAUAGAUCUCCCUCAGCAUUUGGGAAGAGUGGUGGUCCUCCAGGUGACAGGGGACGAUCAGAAAUGCCUUCAGAUGUUGUUGAUCCUCAGACUCAGAGACCAGCGUUUAUGGGUCCAAAAGACAUCAAUGAGAGAGAGUAUUCAGGUGGUAGUCCACUUAUGGAUUAUCGGAGUGGGGAGGAAAUGACUCUUGCAGAAGAGUGGAAGAAACGUCAAAAAGACAAGAGUCCUUUGUUGGGUAAAAGCAUGGAAGGCGUUCCUGAACCCGGCUUCCCUGCGGGUUUUCACAGAGAUGUGAACAUUAGGGAUUCAUCACCAUUUCCUGAGAGGGACAGAGGAUCUUUUGGCUUCCCAGGCAAAGAUGUUGGUUUUCCCCAUGGUGAACACUUUCCUGGAACAGAUAUGCAGUCAGUCAGUAGCAAGGGCCCAAAAGAGCGUCUGCCCCCAGAAAUGAAUCCCCAAACUGUCCCCAAACUGGAUAGAGAAGAUAAACCUUGGCUUGGAGAACGGGACUCAAAGUAUAUUCAGAAAAAAGAAAACCGUGAUGAAACCCCUCCUUAUCAUAUGGAGAGGAAUAAGCCCUCGCUUGAGAUUCAGAAGCCUAAUGAUCGUUUGAAAGGGAUGAAGGAUCUGCCACAGGAUCAAGGACCUUCCAGGGAUGCACUUGGAGAGGAGCAGGAAUUCCAAGGCAGUAGUGCAGGAAAGCCAAAAGACCAAGACUACAGGGACAUAGAUUACAGAACAGGGCCUGGAAGAGUGUUUGAAUAUAAUCACGAGGAACUUCAAGCACCAGAAAAGCUCCUGGAAGUUUCUCAGCCAAUCACACCUUCAAAAUUUACUGAUUCUGGUUCUCAGGAUCAAGAUUACAGGAAUGCAUCGGUGGACAAGGUUUCCAGUAUUAUAUCCAUAACUGGCAUUCCAAAGACUGCCACAACGGAUCAGAUUCUUGGUGCCUUCGCAGUUCGUGAUGGUGUGCCAAUUCAGGGAAUGAAAAUCAAGAAUGUUGUUCCAGGUUACAGCUACGAUAUGGCCUAUGUGGAGUUUUUAAACCUCGAGGAUGCAGUCCACUUCAUGGAGUCCAACAAGGGUUCCCUAAAGGUUGGUGCUAGAACAGCUUCCAUGAAGUAUAUCAAGCCGGAUGAGUGUGAAAGAGGAGUUCAUGAAUCAGACCACAAAGUACCCCAACCCCAGGAGCUCCAGUUGCCCAGAUCAGAUAAACCUUUAGAAGACUUUAAAAAUCACUCAAACGGUUCCAUCCCAAAAGGUCUCGUAGAGCAGCCGUCGAACAUCCAGUGGCAGCGAAGCUCGGACCUGACUCCGGAGGCUUGGCAGCAACAAAUUGACCAGCAGCUCCUACAGCAAGAAACGGAGCAACAGGCAGAAUCCUGGGGGAACCAGAACCCUCUUCAUCACGGCUCACAAGAAUUACACCCUGUAUUCAAAGACAGCAAAACCAUGAUAAUAAAGAACGUAAAGCCCACCACCACAGUGGAGACCAUCCUGAAAGCUUUGGACCCUUUUGCGUAUCUGGAUGAGAGGAAUGUCCGCCUGGUGAAGGGAAAGCCACUGGGAAAAAAGCGCUUCUGCUUUGUUGACAUGGACUCCCAUGAGCAAGUGACACGCCUGGUUGAGCUCCUCACUAAACCCAAGCCUCUGUAUAUUGAUGGAGUCAGAGUUUAUGCUGAGGUUGCAAAACCCCUGAGGAACCAAAGUUUCAUUCAUCUUGAUAAACCAUACACUUCUAUCCUUGGCCAUCCACCUGACGCCGGCAUGAUGAUGCACCAACCAUACCAACAACCGCCACCGUUCUUGCAGCCUCCUGUUGGUACCCCGUCUGCACUGGAUGGUGAAUUGAUGCGUGGCUGCAUUGACCCUGCUCUGUCUUCUGACCCCAGCAUGAGGCAGGAUCUUGGGUGUGUUGAACCUCCCGCUGUAGCUCCGUUGUACCAGACCGGCGGGCCUCAUGUGCCUAUGGACCCAGCAGGGAUGACUGCCACCCCAGAUGUAUCACAGACCUACAUUUAUGGUUCUGAGAUCCCCGACACGUCCAACUACUUGUAUGAUUCAACUUCGGGCUUUUACUACGAUCCAGAAACAACUUUGUACUACGAUCCAAACUCAAGGUACUUCUACAAUGCCCAGACCCAGGAUUACUUGUACUGGGAUGCCACGUCGAAGACCUACAUCCCAGUUCCAGGAGGGUACUCUGCAGAUACCCAAGCGGUGACAAUGACGGCAGAAGACCAAGCCAUUCUGUCCAACCCAGCAGCAGACGCUCCUCUAGAAAUGAAGAAACUAUCGGAACCAGCAGAUGCAUCGGGAUCCCUGACAGCACUUCCAGACUCGGGUGCCAGCUCCACUCCCGAGGCCGUCUGCACGGCGCCUACUGACAAAAAGGAAGAUGACGACACGGGGAAAAAGGAUAAAGAAGACAAGCCGAGAAGUCUUGCUGCUGUAAAGAUUAUGAAAGAUAUGGAACGCUGGGCGAAGAUCCAAAAUCGCCAGAAGGAAAGUGUGCGUGCUCCGUCUCCUGUCCUGAAAUUUGGAAUAGAUGAUGACAAGAAGCAGUCAAAGUCAGCUGAUGCUGGUUUUGCUGUAUUUGAGAGAAAGAUCUCUGGUGUGGAUGAUCUUUUUAAGAAGCCUCUUGCUCCGAGUUCUAAAAAGGAUGAAAAGUCAAAGCGUCCAAUGGGCUCCUUGGGUCUCCUGGCAUCAGACUAUGCAGCUGGAAGUGAUGAAGAGGUGGAAGAAGAUAAGGAAGAGGCAGCUAAAGGUCAAACCUUUCAGAGCGGCCAGGCAGAGGACAAGGAAGACAAACUGACCGAUUGGAAGAAGAUGGCCUGCUUGCUUUGUAGGAGACAGUUCCCCAACAAGGACGCUCUGGUCCGCCACCAGCAGCUUUCUGACCUGCAUAAACAAAAUAUGGAGAUCCACCUCAAGAUCAAGCGGUCAAAGAAAGAGCUAGAAGCAUUAGAGAACCAGGAGAGGGAGGUAAGUCUCAAUGCCAGAGAACCUUCUAGAUCACCAGAACCGAAAAGAAGAAAACACCAUCACCCACAGCCGCAGCCUCGUAACACCUGGGCAGGUAGCUCCAGGGAAAUGAACAAAGCCAGUGAGAGGCCUGGAUUAGGUUCUGAACCCAUUCAGCAGAAGAAGAAGGAGCCUGUUGUUUGGGACCAUAACACCUACAAACAAGCAGUGCGCAAGGCCAUGUUUGCACGGUUCAAGGAACUUGAGUGAUCUCAUCUGAACAUAUCUUCUUUCUGAUAUGUGGACUGUUAAUGACGCACUUGUCAUUUUUGGCACUAAAAAAAACCCUUGGACCAUCUUUACAGAUGUCUCAGAUGUCAUUAUUCACAAGUCACAAUUUUGUACACUGAGAUAAAAAAAGACAUGAUGAAAUCUAAAAAUCUGCAGUGGAUCCUGACGACCAGGAACAGGAAUUGCUGGAUGUCCCCAAUGAUGGUUUUUGUAUAGAAAUUUACUCUGAUUUCUUUUUCGUGCCAGGGGUUUUGUGUGGUCUGUGAAGCCACUUGUGAAUCUUGUCUUUUUUCUGUUCUUAUAAACACUGUAACACUGGCCACACUUUUAUUUUAAAAUUUAAAUAUUUUUUACAUUUUCAUUUUCAUGGGUUGAAAUCCCUACCAUGUGUUCAUUUUAUAAAUAAAAACAGAAGAAGACA